AUGGCAUCCGUUGCUCGAGCUCUGCGGCCUCUGUCCGCCAGGGCAUCCCUCCUUUCCGGCGCUCGCAGACCUACAGCCUCUAAAGCGUUGCAAUGCUCCCGUCUUUUCUCUACAACUUCUCCCCGUCGCGAAGUUGAUCUCACAAGCUUAACACCGACACCCAUCACCCUCCUUUCGGAGACGGAGGCCAUGAUGGCCGAGUCCGUUUCGAAGUUCGCCCAAGAGCAGAUUGGUCCAAAAGUGAGAGAUAUGGACGAGGCAGAGACUAUGGACCCUACAGUUGUCGAGCAGCUCUUUGAACAGGGGCUGAUGGGUGUCGAAAUCCCUGAGGAGUAUGGUGGCGCCGGAAUGAAUUUCACCUCAGCAAUUGUAGGAAUUGAGGAGCUGGCUCGUGUUGACCCAAGUGUCUCUGUUAUGGUCGACGUACAUAAUACACUCGUCAACACUGCCAUUUUGAAGUACGGCAGUGCGGAGAUUAAGAAAACGUGGCUGCCACGACUUGCGACCAACACUGUUGGUUCUUUUUGCUUGUCUGAACCCGUAUCAGGCUCGGAUGCAUUUGCGCUUCAGACUAAAGCUACGAAAACCAACUCCGGGUAUAAGAUCAACGGCUCAAAAAUGUGGAUCACCAACUCGAUGGAGGCCGGAUGCUUUAUUGUGUUCGCCAAUAUUGACCCUAGCAAAGGAUAUAAGGGCAUCACUGCUUUCAUUGUAGAAAAGGGUACCAAGGGUUUCAGCAUUGCGAAGAAGGAGAAGAAACUUGGCAUACGCGCCAGCAGUACUUGUGUCCUUAACUUCGACGAUGUAGAAAUUCCGAAAGGCAACAUUCUUGGCGAAGAAGGCCAGGGUUAUAAGUACGCAAUUAGCCUCUUAAAUGAAGGCCGAAUUGGUAUCGCCGCCCAGAUGACAGGGUUAGCUCUUGGUGCCUGGGAGAACGCUGCCGGUUACGUAUGGAACGAUCGGAAGCAAUUCGGCCAACUCAUCGGAACCUUUCAAGGAAUGCAACACCAGAUUGCGCAAGCAUAUACCGAUAUUUCCGCAGCCCGCGCCUUGGUCUACAAUGCCGCUCGCAAGAAGGAAGCUGGCCAAGAUUUUGUAAUGGAUGCUGCUAUGGCUAAACUUUAUGCCUCUCAGGUUGCUGGGCGUGUUUCUAGCUCUGCAGUUGAGUGGAUGGGUGGAAUGGGCUUUGUGAGGGAGGGCAUCGCAGAAAAGAUGUUUAGAGAUAGCAAGAUCGGAGCUAUCUACGAGGGUACCAGCAAUAUCCAACUCCAAACUAUUGCAAAGUCCUUGCAGAAGGUUUACACCAAAUAA